AGCGUGCCAUGGUUCCAUCGGUAUGGUACGCGGUGAGUCGCUGAAUCCGCCUCCUGUGUCCUGUGUCUGUGAGACGGGCUCUUCGCAGUCGGCUCGUAGUCCGCUUCGUGCAGGAGGCAGGGAUCCAAUCAUUACUAAACCCAUCUUAAUUAUCAUUCUUUAACCAAGCUCAAUUGCACCAUGCUGACCCGUCUAUUCCGUGCCCAUGGCCUCCUGGUGGCCUCUCACCCCUGGGAGGUGAUUGUUGGCACAGUCACCUUAACUAUAUGUAUGAUGUCCAUGAAUAUGUUCACUGGCAAUGACCAGAUCUGUGGCUGGAACUUUGACUGCCCCAAAACAGAGGAGCAAAUUCUGAGCAGUGAUAUUAUCAUCGUGACUAUCACACGCUGUAUUGCCAUCGUCUACAUUUACUUCCAAUUCCAGAAUUUGAGGCAACUUGGAUCCAAAUAUAUUUUAGGCAUUGCCGGCCUUUUCACCAUAUUCUCCAGCUUCGUAUUCAGCACUGUUGUCAUUCACUUUCUGGAUAAAGAGCUCACAGGCCUCAAUGAGGCUUUGCCCUUCUUCCUGCUUCUCAUAGACCUCUCCAAAGCAUGUGCUCUUGCCAAAUUUGCCUUAAGCUCUAGUUCUCAGGAUGAAGUGAGGGACAACAUUGCUCGUGGCAUGGCAGUACUAGGACCUACUUUCACUUUGGAUGCUCUGGUAGAGUCCUUAGUGAUUGGAGUGGGAACCAUGUCAGGUGUGAGGCAGUUGGAAAUCAUGUGUUGCUUUGGAUGCAUGUCUGUCUUGGCCAACUACUUUGUGUUUAUGACUUUCUUCCCUGCGUGUGUCUCACUGGUACUGGAGUUGUCUCGUGAAAGUCAGGAAGGCCAUCCAAUCUGGCAGUUGAGCCACUUCUCUCGAGUGAUGGAGGAAGAGGACAGCAAAUCCAACCCCGUAACUCAGCGAGUCAAAAUGAUUAUGUCUCUGGGCCUGGUAAUGGUUCACGCCCACAGCCGCUGGAUUGCUGAGCCCUUGUCAAUCAACACCACAAUGGGCAUCCCACAGGUUGGGAUGGAACUGGAUCACCUCUCACCCAGGAGGAUUGAGCCAGAGAAACCACUUUGGCACUUCUACCUCACCAGGAUGGUAACUAUGGACAUUGAACAAGUGAUCUGUCUGGCCUUGGCCCUGCUUCUGGCGAUCAAGUAUAUAUUCUUUGAGAAAGCUGAGAUGGAAUCCACAUUGUCACUGAAGAACCCCAUUACAAUGUCCACCCCUACUCUAAACCUGCGACGACCCUCUAUAACAUGCUGCAGGCAGGAGCCGCUUGCUUCCCAAUCUGUAGAUCUUGCCCCUGCCCAUAGCAAGGCUACUCCAGCAUCUGUUCAGACGGAGAAAAGAGAUGAGGUUAUACGACCCCUGUCUGCCACAACUGCUGAUAACCAGAUCAAGAGCUCCUUUAUCGUUGGUGAAGAAGAUGAAGACGUAAAGUCUGAGACCCCACAGCCAAGCCUCCCCCAGAAGCCCAGGAGCCUGGUCGACUGCGUAGCCAUCCUCAACAACCCUGAGCUGGGCCCUGGUUUCCUGAGUGAUUCCGAAGUGAUGCUGCUGGUCAACUCUAAACACAUCCCUGCAUACAAACUGGAAGUCAUGAUGGAGAAACCAGUGAGAGGGGUAGCCAUUAGAAGAAAGAUCAUAUCUGCAAAGCUGCCCUCUCCCUCUGCACUCUCCUGUCUGCCAUACACUGACUAUGACUACUCUAAGGUUAUAGGCACCUGCUGUGAGAAUGUUAUUGGCUACGUUCCCAUACCAGUGGGUGUGGCUGGGCCACUGCAUCUGGAUGGUAAACAGUUCCAGGUUCCCAUGGCAACUACUGAAGGCUGCUUGGUUGCCAGCACAAAUCGUGGUUGUCGAGCCAUUGCUCUGAGUGGUGGAGCCAACAGUCGAAUUUUGGCUGACAGCAUGACACGGGGACCCAUUGUGAGACUACCCUCUGCUUGCAUGGCUGCUGAAGUAAAGGCCUGGCUGGAGACCACAGAUGGGUUUCAGGCCAUCAAGGAGGCCUUUGACAACACCAGCAGGUUUGCACGGCUCCAGAGAUUGCUGGUUGCUUUGGCUGGGAGAAAUCUUUACAUCCGCUUCCAUUCAAAGACUGGAGAUGCCAUGGGGAUGAAUAUGAUCUCUAAGGGUACAGAGCAGGCUCUGAGCCGACUGCAGCAGCACUUCCCAGAGCUGCAGGUGGUGGCUGUCAGUGGGAACUUUUGCACAGACAAGAAACCAGCUGCAGUUAAUUGGAUCGAAGGCAGGGGAAAGUCCGUUGUCUGUGAAGCCACCAUUACUUCCAAAGUGGUCAGAGAAGUUUUGAAAACAACAACAGAGUCUCUGGUUGAAGUCAACAUCAAUAAGAACUUGGUGGGGUCAGCUAUGGCUGGUAGCAUUGGAGGGUUUAAUGCACAUUCAGCCAAUUUGGUGACUGCCAUCUACAUAGCCUGUGGACAGGAUCCAGCCCAGUCAGUGGGCAGCAGCAACUGCAUCACCCUCAUGGAGCCAUCGGGACCAACAGGCGAAGACUUGUACAUCAGCUGCACCAUGCCCUCUAUAGAACUGGGCACUGUAGGGGGAGGAACCAACUUGUCCCCCCAACAAGCCUGCCUCCAGAUGCUGGGUGUGCAGGGAGCCAGUGAUACCUGUCCAGGGGAGAAUGCCCGGCAGCUGGCCAGGGUGGUGUGUGCCACUGUACUGGCUGGAGAGCUCUCACUGAUGGCUGCCCUGGCUGCUGGACACCUGGUCAAGAGUCACAUGACACACAACAGAUCUAAGGUGAACCUGCAGGAGACUCCAGAAGUGUGCUGCAGGAAACCCUCCUGAAAGCUUGAGCAGUAACGCCAGGACAAUACGGACAAUCUGAAAGAGUUUUCGAUGAAAACAGACCUUUCAAGUGCUUUCAAAGAGACACAUGACUGUCUUUUGACCAAUUUCUAUUCUGGGUAUGAAUACAGUAGAAUCCAAACUAAUCAGACUUUUCUGCCUUUUCAUUUUCUCCAUCUGGUUGUGUUUCUAAUGAAAUGGUCAGGACCAGUCAGUAAUUCCUUUAUUCCUACAGAUAAGAUCGCUGUCAGGCUUUUGGAUAACAGACAAUUUGGGUUCAAAUUAAAUUUUCUAUACUACUCUGCUGUCACUUUGAACACUGCAAACACAGAAACACCUCAAAGGGAAGCAUUUAACAUGUUUCACUGUAUGUGGCUGGGUACAGGCACUAGAGCAAUGUUACUAUUGAUUUUGCAUUAUUUAGUUUCAUUUGUGAAGCCAACAAGGAUCCAUCAUGUCUAAGUUAUGAAUAACUAAAAAUAAGUGGGGUUCUGGUUCAAGAAAUAACAAAUAAACAUACAAAGGAAUGACUUCCCUUAAUUUAAAACUGGUGGGAUUUACAAAAUCAUAAUAAAUAAUGUAAAUGAGUAAUGCAGUACUACUUACUAAAUAUUGCUCAGUGUUCUCCUAUUUGCAAUAGUAUUAUUCAGCAGCAUUAUUUAGGCCCACUAAUUUUGUGCUCGAUGGAGCCUCUUCUGUUCUAAAUUUACCUUGUCAAUAAUAGUGUUUCAGUAGUUUCCCUUCUGCAAGCAAGAUAUUGCGUUGCUUUGGAAGUUUAAAUUGUUCCUUUAAUUGAGAGAUGAAGUGAAGCAGAAAUUUGCCCUGGACUGGCUCGGCAUUGGGGAAGGGUGUAGCCAACAACGACAAUGAACACCUGAAGACGUGCAGCCACCUGAACGACAAAAACACAGAAAGGGUUAAGUGAUGGAAACAACGUAAACAUUUGAGAGCCUUUCCUAUGCCUGAGAUUGUUAUUAGAGACCAGUUCUGUAAAUGGGAUCAUGCAGCAAACUAUAAGACCAUUCAUGCUGAGAUUAUCUUGCGCAAUUAUCAUAGAAAAACAAAACCUUCCUCCACUGGCCUCUCCACUGCAGUUCCAAUACCAAAGGCAAUUACUCUUACGUGAUUUGCAUUUUCUACAAAUACAUGUAUGUGUGUGUUAUAUGUGAAAACAAAUUUGCACAGGCUUGGAAUGUCCUUGAAUUAAAUACAGUAAUUCAUCAGUGUCAAGACAAAUCAAGAAAGUGUCACCACAGUGUCACACCACACAUAAAGAGACUCCAAAUCAUGUUGAAUUUUAACAUACAGUUUACUUACACCGUUGAUGUGUUUAGAAAAAUUAACAUACAAGAUGUGGUGUUGGGGAAAUAUAUUCAGUUAGUGAAUGUUCCUGUUGUACUGACAGAUGGCAAAUAUUUUGAAUAUAUUUUAUUUUGUAAUAAACACAAGACAUACUUUUAUAGUGACAUAUCAUACUGUUUUGGUUAAUGUCCUCUCAUGAAUCAAUCAAUUGCAUAAGCCAGUAUCACAACAGCCCCUUUUAAAUGAAUAUUAGAACAGAAGACAUUAUAUACUACCUUAAUCAAAGCCAGGCAUGUGCACAAAAACAGGUCAUCACACCAAAUAGAAGCUAUAGUACACUGAAACAAAUGACAGGUGACCACAACAAAACUUAAAAAUAUAAGAUUAACACUAUUAACUAAUCAUAGAGCAGUCUUACCAAAUAAAGAUAUUUUAACUAAAAUUAGUUAAGAUUAAAAGAAAGAAAGAAAGACUGCAGGAAGUAGAAACCUUCCCCCGGUCUAAACACAAAAGUCAUCUAUAAAAUGUUGCCAGAUGUAGUAGAAUCUCUUCUCUUCUUUUAGGAGGAGAUUUUAGAUAGAUCUAGGUUUUAGAUCUUACCUAAUUCCAGAUAUUUUCUCACUCCUUUCAUUAGGUGUGAGUGUGUUGAGAGUAUUGUGAAACACCUCACUGAUGGUUUUAUGCCCCUGUUCUAUGCCACUUGUAUACAACAGUGACUUUAUGAGCACUCUGUUCACCCACUAAACGUUUCUACAAUGAAUAUUUUGAAUGCCAACUAUAUCCAUUCUUUUAUUCAUUAUCAGUCUUUAUGUAACAUGCAUCAGCUAUAUCUUGUACUCUUCUUUGUAUCAUGAUUAAAUGCUGCAUGUGUGUUAUAUUUAGAUUUUGUAUGUAUGACAGAUGUACAGUAUGUAUCAUCUUGUUUGCCCCACUCUUCUCUAUUCCUUUCUUCUCUCACCUACCUGGCUGGCCUAUUUAAAUAAAAUUUAAUUGAAAAAACUGAA